UAUACGGGAAAUGGGCAGGUCCACUGAAUUAAUGUUGGGUGGACACAGCAUAAAUUAUUUGAGUGUAGCCAAAUUCUGUAUUUGAGGUCUGUAUAAAGAUGGCAAGAGAGUAUGAUCAUCUGUUCAAGCUGCUAAUUAUUGGAGACAGUGGUGUAGGCAAAAGCAGCUUGUUGCUGAGAUUUGCAGACAAUCUCUUCUCUGGCACAUACAUCACAACUAUUGGAGUAGACUUCAAAAUUCGAACGAUUGACAUCAAUGGAGAGAAGGUGAAGCUACAGAUAUGGGACACGGCCGGACAGGAGCGUUUCAGGACCAUCACAUCCACGUACUACCGAGGCACACACGGAGUGAUAGUGGUGUACGAUGUGACUAAUGGAGAGAGUUUUGUCAACGUGAAGAGAUGGCUUCAAGAAAUCGAUCAAAACUGUGACGUUGUCAACAGGAUCUUAGUUGGUAACAAAAAUGACUGCCCAGAGAGGAAAGUUGUACAAACAGAAGAUGCCACUAAGUUUUCAGAGCAGAUUGGCAUCGAGCUGUUUGAGACAAGUGCUAAGGAGAAUCUCAACGUGGAAGAGGUGUUCUUUGCAAUCACUCGGCUGGUACUACAGACCAAGAAAGACUCGGCCAAGUCUUCGUCAGGCAGAGAAGGAACUAUUAAAGUUGGUAAGGGCGGCAGCGACAAGAAAAAACCCAAGUGCUGCAAUUAGACUUUUAACACUCCACCCUAGUUUGUUUGUAAGUACAUGUAAUUGUUGUAUCAAAUUUUAUGUGAAAUAGCUAAUUUAAAUUUGUUGCUGAUAUUUUGUGCAAAUGACUUAUUAUUUAUGUCUAUAUAUAAUUACUGGUACAGGCGCUGUGAGUAUUUUCUGUCUAUAGAUUUCUUUUUAUAUCAAAGAUUUGUGGCAUAAUUAUCAGCAACACAUAAUUUUAUUAUUCAAAAAAAGUACUGUAUAUUAUAAUUAUUAUAUCCA